AUGGUAUGGUAUCCGCUCGAUUGGUGUUAUCAAAUGGGCAUUCACAAAAUUCACCUCGUCACACCACCAUCAUCUGUCCCGCCACUGGAGGCUGCCUUGUCGCAAAAUCCUCAUUUGACUUCCUUACCAUCACCUAAAGCGGAUAUCGUUGCUCCCGCGGGCUUGACACACACAACAGGUACGGCUGAGCUUUUGAGGUUACCGGAGAUCCAGUCAGUCAUUACCAAAGACUUCGUGAUACUGCCGUGCGACCUCGUAUGCGAAGUCCCAGGAGAAUCACUGCUCGAGUCGUGGAUAGUGCAACAAGGCUCCCUGUUUAGUGCACCAAAUUCCGCCCAGGAGGAGAGUCUUCGGAGUAUAAAUUAUCGUCGCGGAGAUAUUACUCGAAAGGGUGCUUUAGGUGUCUGCUUUGAGACGCAGGGCGAAGAUCGUGUGAAGGGUGCCGAGACUGAUCUCAUAAUUACUGCAUCGCUGCCUCAGCCUGCCGCAUUGCCCCCAGCAUCCUCAUUACGUCCGCAUAUCUCGAAACUUGUGUACGCUACACCGACUGACACACUUCGCGACAUUUUACAGGAAAAAGGCGGCUUUCCUGUUCGUAGCGGCCUUAUUCGUAAGCAUGGUCGUGUUAGGAUACUGACAACCCAUCGCGACUCUCACGUCUACUUUUUCCCACACUGGGUGCUGAGCAUGAUCACGCGAAACGAGAAAUUUGAUAGUAUUAGCGAGGAUGUCGUAGGAUGGUGGGCGAAAGGAACUUGGCAGACCGGAUUAGCAGAGAAGUUGCACAUGAAAGAAGCACUGGACGGGCAGCCUACUUCUUCGCUAGGCCAUGCAGAUCAGAGCCAGAUCAGUAUUAACAAACUCAAGAACUUGAUCAGCACACAUACGAGCACAUAUACUUCACGACAUUACAACGGAAAACCCACAUUUCAACCGCCUUGUAUUCUAUCUUACGUGCAUCCGAGCGGUUCGAAUCAGCUCAUAAGGCGGGUCGACACGGCAGCAUUACUACUCAGCACAUCGAUUAGGCUUGCGGCACUACCUCCAACUAUCAGUCCGCCUGCAGAUGCAUCUCCGACCCGGCUCUCGCACCCUACUAAGAUCUCGGCGGACUCUUCAUUGAUUGCACCAAGAUCUACAAUUGACGAGAAGACGAGCUUGAUAGCACCGAAUACCUCAAUUGCUACUCAUUGUACGAUCAAGUCUUCCUGCAUUGGCGCUAAUUGCCUUAUUGGGGUAGGUGUCAGGAUCAUCAAUAGCAUAUUGAUGGAUGGCGCACAGGUAGAUGAUCAAGUAUCCCUGCAGGGCUGCAUACUAGGCAGACGCUGCACCAUUGGCAAAGGGUCGAAGUUGGAGGGCAGCGAAGUCCAAGAAGGCUACCGGGUCGAAGAAGGAACGGUCGGAUCUAAGGGAGAUAAAUUCUGCGCCUUUGAGGGUUUGGAUGGUGUGGAUGACGGUGGCAAUGAAACUGACCUUUCUUAG